UUCAGCGCGGAAGGCUAGCGGACCGCGGGCGGCGCCCGAUCCCGCGGCGCGGAGGCUGGGUCGGCGGGCGGGACUGCGCGCACCUCGCACCCCGGACUGCGGCGGACGGGCAGCCGGCGCGCUCGGUCCCGGCCCCGGUCUCGGGCCGCUGCGGGGCAGCCCCCCCAGCCUGCGGGCCAGACCUCGCCCCUCGGGCUCCUACAAGGGGAAAGGACGGACCCAGCGCUUCGGAGGGACCUGGCUCGCUACUCGUAUAUGGCAAAGUUUCUCGCCGAGCUCCUGGGCUGCACGCUGCCGAGCAAGGGCGCCUCUCCCAUGUUUGAGUCCAAGAGUCACUCCCAAGUUGGCCUGAAAUCAAGCACGAAGCAAAAGACCACCGUUUUCAGCACACUGGGCAGUGAGAAGUCCUUAUCUGACUGCAAAAAGGAACAGCAAUGGAAACCUUCGAUGUACAACAGCAUAACUCCAGUCUGCUUUACAAGCCCUCUGAUUGAGAAGCCAAUUGGCAAACGUGUAAUGAAGCCUGUUCAUGACUGAUACCCUUACCAGGCCAUCUUAUCCUUUCAGCUUCCUUUCAUGCUCCCAUCAUACAGCAUGAUACUAUCAACCCAGUGAUAAAAACAAUGGCACGUUAGAAGCCAA